AUGGUCUCAUUCAAAGAUAUCCAAACUUCCAACGCCCUCAUCAACGAUGUCACAGCUCCGCGCAUCGCCGUCUUUGUCGGCGGUACAUCAGGCAUCGGAAAAUUCACCCUCCAAGCCUUGGUCGCAAAAGGAACCAGUAUCAGAGUCUAUCUCAUCGGCAGAGAGAGCGCUCAACAACGCACAGAGACUUUCAUCCAAGAGAUGCAAACUAUAAACCCCAAAGCUGAGAUCAUCUGGGUCCAAGGCGAAGUCUCGCUUCUCGCCGACACAAAGAGAGUGUGCGACGUCAUCAAAAGCAAAGAGAAGAGUGUUGAUCUACUCUUUCUCUCACCAGGCUAUGCACCUUUUACAAACCGGAAAGAUACAUCCGAGGGCUUUGACAUCUCUCAGACUCUGAGAUACCACUCUCGCAUGUUGUUUGUACUGCAUUUACUUCCUCUUCUAAAUGCAGCUGAGAAUCCUAGAGUCAUCAGUGUCUUGGGUGGUGGUAUGGAACGCAAACCUGUCCGACUAGACGACAUCGAUCUCAAGAGAUCGGGGAAUUUCAAUUUCGUUACAGCCCAUACGCAAGCCGUCGACAUGAACACUUUGUUUCUCGAACAUCUGGCCAACGAGAACCCCCAAGUGACGUUCAUUCAUUCCUCUCCUGGCUGGGUCAACACUGGCAACGUCAGAAGGGGUUUGGAUCCUAAUACAAUUCUUGCUUGGGCUAUCUGGCUUCUUCUUGAGCCACUGAUUGCUAUUUUUUCGUUUAGUGAUGAAGAAUCUGGACAGAGAUAUUUGUUUCAAAGCACGAGUGCCGCGUUUGGAGGGAGAGGCACGACAUGGACAGGAAAAGUCGGAGUGAAUUCUCAUGAAGAAAAGAAGAAUGGGCUAUUUCUUGUCACCAGAAAAUGUGACUGUACGCUGAAUUCAAAGACGGUUGGCGUCUUACGAGAGACGGCACAGAAGAGAAUCGUUGAUCAUACCAAGGAAGUUUUGACACCCUUUCUUUAG